CCGAGUCCGCGGGAAGAUGGCGGCCCCGCUCAUCCCGCUCUCUCAGCAGAUUCCCACUGGAAAUCCAUUAUAUGAAUCCUAUUAUAAGCAGGUAGACCCGGCAUACACAGGGCGAGUUGGGGCGAGCGAAGCUGCGCUUUUUCUAAAGAAGUCCGGGCUCUCAGACAUUAUCCUUGGGAAGAUAUGGGACUUGGCCGACCCAGAAGGUAAAGGGUUCUUGGACAAACAGGGUUUCUAUGUUGCACUGAGACUAGUGGCCUGUGCACAGAGCGGCCACGAAGUUACCUUGAGCAAUCUGAGUCUGAACAUGCCGCCCCCUAAAUUCCACGACACCAGCAGCCCUCUGAUGGUCACGCCGCCCUCCGCGGAGGCCCACUGGGCUGUGAGGGUGGAAGAAAAGGCAAAAUUCGAUGGAAUUUUUGAAAGCCUCUUACCCAUCAAUGGUUUGCUCUCUGGAGACAAAGUCAAGCCAGUCCUUAUGAACUCAAAGCUGCCUCUUGACGUCCUGGGCCGGGUCUGGGACCUCAGUGACAUCGACAAAGAUGGGCACCUGGACAGAGAUGAGUUUGCUGUGGCGAUGCACUUGGUGUACCGAGCCCUCGAGAAGGAGCCUGUGCCCUCUGUCCUGCCCCCGUCCCUCAUCCCACCUUCCAAGAGGAAGAAGACGGUCUUCCCAGGCGCUGUGCCUGUCCUGCCCGCCAGCCCCCCGCCGAAAGACAGCCUCCGUUCCACACCUUCCCACGGCAGCGUCAGUAGCCUGAACAGCACGGGAAGCUUGUCUCCCAAGCACAGCAUCAAGCAAACACAGCCCACGGUGAGCUGGGUGGUGCCGGUUGCAGAUAAGAUGCGAUUUGACGAGAUAUUCCUGAAGACCGACCUAGACCUGGAUGGCUAUGUGAGCGGCCAGGAGGUGAAGGAGAUCUUCAUGCACUCUGGCCUCAACCAGAACCUUCUAGCACACAUAUGGGCCCUGGCUGAUACGAGGCAAACGGGGAAGUUAAGUAAAGACCAGUUCGCAUUAGCUAUGUACUUCAUUCAGCAGAAGGUCAGUAAAGGCAUUGACCCCCCUCAAGUCCUGUCACCGGACAUGGUCCCGCCCUCAGAGAGAGGCACUCCUGUACCGGACGGUUCAAGUUCUCUUGGAUCAGGAGAAUUUACUGGUGUGAAGGAACUUGAUGAUAUCAGUCAAGAGAUUGCCCAGUUACAAAGAGAGAAGUACUCCCUGGAACAAGACAUUAGAGAAAAGGAAGAGGCAAUCAGACAGAAAAGCAACGAAGUACAGGAGUUACAAAAUGAUUUAGACCGGGAAACAAGCAGUUUGCAAGAGCUAGAAGCUCAGAAACAGGACGCCCAAGACCGCCUUGACGAAAUGGACCAGCAGAAGGCCAAGCUCCGAGACAUGCUGAGCGACGUGAGGCAGAAGUGCCAGGACGAGACUCAGAUGAUUUCCUCAUUGAAGACCCAAAUCCAGUCUCAAGAAUCUGACCUCAAGUCCCAGGAAGAUGACUUGAACCGGGCCAAGUCUGAGCUGAACCGAUUGCAGCAGGAAGAAACGCAGCUGGAGCAGAGCAUUCAGGCCGGGAAAGUUCAGCUGGAAACCAUCAUCAAGUCCCUGAAAUCGACACAAGACGAAAUCAACCAGGCAAGAAACAAGCUUUCCCAGCUGCACGAGAGCCACCAGGAAGCCCACAGGACCCUGGAGCAGUACGACGAGGCACUCGACGGGGCCCACGGCGCCAGCCUGACCAACUUAGCCGACCUGAGCGAGGGGGUCUCCCUGACAGAGAGGGGCGGUUUUGGAGCCAUGGACGAUCCUUUCAAAAAUAAAGCCUUGUUAUUUAGCAACAAUGCCCAAGAGUUGCAUCCGGAUCCUUUCCAGGCCGAAGACCCCUUCAAAUCCGACCCAUUUAAAGGAGCUGAUCCCUUCAAAGGUGACCCAUUCCAGAAUGACCCCUUCGCAGAACAACAGACAGCUUCGGCAGAUCCAUUUGGAGGGGAUCCUUUCAAAGAAAGCGACCCAUUCCGUGGCUCUGCACCUGACGACUUCUUUAAGAAACAGACAAAGAAUGACCCAUUUACCUCAGACCCAUUCACGAAAAACCCUUCCUUACCCUCAAAGCUCGACCCCUUUGAAUCCAGUGAUCCUUUUUCGUCCUCCAGUGUCUCCUCAAAAGGAUCAGGUCCCUUUGGAACCUUAGAUCCCUUCGGAAGUGGGUCCUUCAAUAGUGCUGAGGGCUUUGCCGACUUCAGCCAGAUGUCCAAGCCCCCAACUUCUGGUCCUUUCACCUCCUCCUUUGGAGGGGCAGGAUUCUCAGAUGACCCCUUUAAAAGUAAACAGGACACUCCCGCUCUGCCUCCGAAGAAACCUGCUCCUCCACGGCCUAAACCGCCCAGUGGUAAAAGUACACCUGUAAGCCAGCUUGGUUCUGCAGACUUUCCCGAGCCCCCUGAUCCAUUCCAGCCACUCGGGGCUGACAGCAGUGACCCGUUCCAAAAUAAAAAGGGGUUUGGGGACCCGUUUAGUGGAAAAGAUCCAUUUGCUCCCUCCUCUUCAGCUAAACCUUCUAAAGCCUCUUCCUUGGGCUUUGCAGACUUCACCUCUUUUGGCAAUGAGGAGCAGCAGCUGGCCUGGGCCAAGCGGGAGAGCGAGAAGGCAGAGCAGGAGAGGCUGGCGCGGCUGCGGCGGCAGGAGCAGGAGGACCUGGAGCUGGCCAUCGCGCUCAGCAAGGCUGACAUGCCUGCCGCCUAGGCGCCCGGCCCCGGCCACCAGCGCACGGGGGGACGGCCCCAGGGGCGGUUCUGCGGAAGGAGAAAACUCCAGCCAGUCUGCACACACACACACACACACACACACACACACACACUCACACUCACACAGACACACACACACUCAGCGGUCCCCGUUCACGUUGUGACCUGUCACAGCCACUGUUAAGUCAAGGACUCGCUGGUCAGAGGGCCUUGGGCUCUGGGGGCUUGCCUGGCAGAGAGGCCCGGAGAGGCGCCGCUGUCGCAGAUCCUGCUCUCCGCGGUGAUGUCCCCGUCGAGUGACAGCACCGGCUCUUCCUCCAUUCGCAGCACAGGACGAGGCGAGGGAGCGCGGUGACUUCUCGCCUCUCAUCUCCUGCUCGUCCCGGCGCCCGGGCGCUCCCACCCCCGGGUCUCCUCGACGCCCCCCUUCCGAGACAGACAUCUGGGCGAUGUAUGCAUUCGUUGUAUAAAAUUAAGUUUGAAUGAUUAAUAUAAAAUAUUUUAAUACAAAACAAUCUAUUUCCCCCCCUUUCAUUCAAAUACUAUUUUCCUCGCAUUAACACUCACACGUGGCAUCAGAGAGGCGAACCGGCCCCGCAGCGGGUGGACAAGCGGAUGGAACGUUCUUGUUUCGAUCCUAAGUAUUUGAGUAGCUUCGAGGGCCACAGAGCCAGUUGGGGGAAGUUUCUAGGGGUCCCCCGGCACCCCAGGAUACAGAAUGUUUCUGAAAUGGCUGGUUGUAGUCCCACUGUCACUAGAGCGGUGGCCCUUUGUCAGGGCCCUGCAGUUUGAAGAAAGAUUCCUGCACCGUCCACUGAGGCCUGGUCUACGGAGGGGGCGAGGCCUCCGGGCGGUCCUCAUACCGGGAAACCUGUAGUCAGAACCGGGAGGCGGGACAGUUUCCCGCCAAGAUGUAGCUGAAUUCCCCUAGAACAUUCCGGAAGCUUGGGCGUGACUGUGGGGACGACCUCAGGAGUGGCCCAGGACAUUGCAGAGCUGGUCCCAGCCUUGUGUCUCACUAACCCCAGGGAGACUGAGGCACUCCAGGCCAACUUCUGUCCGAUAAAGAUGGUAAAUCUUUCGAACCCAAGCAGCCUGGGAACGGAAGGGCGGCAGAGAGCCUCAGACCCCCAGCCCGUGCAGGUUUGGAAGGGGACGACAUGGGGACGCGAGGACUAAACAGGCCCAGACGGUUGCCCGUCAGGAUCCGCUCUGAUGCGAAGUCUCGGGACACAGCCCCAGCCUCGUCUGGUGGGGCUGGACUCCGAGACCCUUCUUUGGGAAAGUUCCUUUUCAGUGUCCUGUGCCUCUGGGCCAAGGUCUGCAGCCCUUUGCGCACCAAGGCCGGCUGCUCACCCCCGCCCCCUGCACGCUGCCUCUCGGCUGCAUUGCAGCCAGGGAAUCCCAAAACAGGUGUUUAUGAACUCCAUUUUACAUUUUAAUAAACUUUGCAUUUUAGAUGCAGUUUCAGAUUUGCAGAAAAAGAUCACACAGAUAAUACAGAGGGGUUCCCACAAACCCCCGCACAAUUUCCCCUGUGUUUAACAUCGUAACGUUACUGUGGUACCUUUGUUACAGUUCGUGAACCAAUAUCGACAAAUUCUUAUUAAAGGCCACCCUUUAUUCAGUGCUUUUACCUUCGUCUGUCUCAGGACCCCGCUGUGUGUGCAGUGGUCUCUCCUCCCCAGGCUCCUCCCGGCGGGUUUCUCAGACUUGC